CUCGUUUCCCUCAAUCCUUCCAGCACAAAUGCCUACCGCAGUUCCUCCUCCCCGUACUCUCUACGACAAAAUUUGGGAUGACCAUGUUGUGGAACAGAAAGAGGAUGGACUCGCCCUCAUUUACAUUGAUCGCCACCUUGUGCACGAAGUUACGAGCCCACAGGCGUUCGAGGGGCUUCGACAUGCCGGACGCCCAGUGAGACGACCGGAUUGCACGCUGGCCACUGUUGAUCACAACGUUCCAACCGUUUCACGAAAGAACUUUGUGUCAGUUCAGGACUUUAUCGCCGAACCUGACUCUCGUGCUCAAUGUGCCGCAUUGGAGGAGAAUGUGAAGGAAUUCGGUCUUACAUAUUUUGGCAUGAAAGAUAGGCGUCAGGGCAUUGUUCAUGUUAUCGGCCCUGAGCAAGGCUUCACUCUUCCUGGGAUUACAUGCGUCUGCGGCGAUUCGCACACUUCCACUCACGGAGCCUUUGGCGCCCUCGCCUUUGGAAUCGGCACUUCCGAAGUUGAGCACGUUCUUGCGACACAAACACUGCUCCAACGAAAGGCAAAGAACAUGCGAAUUACUGUGAACGGCGAACUCAACGAAGGUGUGACAUCCAAAGAUGUUAUCCUUCACAUUAUCGGUGUCAUUGGAACCGCGGGGGGUACGGGCUGCGUUAUCGAAUACGCCGGAUCAGUCUUCCGAGGCUUCAGCAUGGAGGCGCGGAUGAGCGUUUGCAACAUGAGUAUCGAAGCUGGUGCUCGUGCCGGAAUGGUUGCACCUGACGAAGUUACCUUCGAAUAUCUCCGCAAUCGCCCUCUUGCUCCCAAGGGAGAAGAGUGGGACCGCGCCGUCACCUACUGGAAGUCUCUCCGCACCGACGAAGGUGCAAAGUUCGAUAUCGAGGUCGAGAUUAACGCCGCCGACAUUAUCCCAACCGUCACUUGGGGUACCUCUCCUCAAGACGUCGUCCCUAUCACUGGUCAAGUUCCCGAUCCAUCGACUAUGACCGAUGCAGUCAAGCGCGCCUCAGCAGAAAGGUCCCUCGCCUACAUGGGUCUUACCCCCAAUACGCCCAUGGAGGAUAUCACGGUCGACAAGGUCUUUAUCGGUUCCUGCACCAACAGCCGUGUUGAGGAUCUCCGUUCCGCUGCCCGAAUUGUUCUAGCAGCUGGACCCGACGCCAAAGUUGCUCCAAACGUCGUGGCGAUGAUCGUCCCUGGUUCCGGCCUCGUCAAGGAACAAGCCGAGGCUGAGGGCUUGGAUGUCAUCUUCAAGCGUGCUGGAUUUGACUGGCGGGAGGCCGGUUGCUCUAUGUGCCUGGGUAUGAACCCCGAUCAGCUUGCUCCUGGAGAGCGAUGUGCCAGUACCAGCAAUCGCAACUUUGAAGGUCGACAGGGUGCUGGUGGACGAACCCAUUUGUUGAGCCCAGCAAUGGCUGCAGCCGCCGCUUUGACUGGAAAGCUUACCGACGUUCGCAAGUACACCACCGCCUCCUCUUCCCCCGCUGUUUCCUCCAAAAUGAAACAGGUAGAUCCCGCCCAGUUCUUGGAUCCACCCACUCCUGCUCCCGAGGCACUGGGUCAUGUUGUCUCCGCCUCCGAUCUCCCUUCUUCUGAAUCACCUUCGACAGUUGAGAAGUUCACCGUCCUCAAGGGCAUCACCGCUCCAUUGCACAUCGAAAACGUCGACACAGAUAUGAUCAUUCCCAAACAGUUCCUCAAGACCUUGAAGCGAACAGGGUUGGCGGACGCUCUUUUCUUCACUUUGCGAAAAGAUCCACACACCGGCAAGGACACUGAUUUCAUCUUGAACCGUGAGCCCUAUAACCGCGCAAAGAUCUUGGUGUGCACGGGCAAGAACUUUGGCUGCGGAAGCUCUCGUGAGCACGCUCCGUGGAGUUUGAAUGACUUUGGCAUCCGCUGCAUCAUUGCCCCCAGCUUUGCUGAUAUCUUCCGAAACAAUGCGAUGCAGAACGGAAUGCUUCCCGUUCAGAUUCCUCAAGAGGACUGCAUCGAGCUCGCCAAGGAUGCUGAGGCUGGCUUGGAGCUUGAGGUUGACUUGGAGAAGGAGGAAAUCCGACGACCCAACGGCAUCACGAUUCCCUUCGUCACUGACCCGUUCCGAAGACAUUGUCUGUUGAACGGUUUGGAUGACAUUGCUCUCACAAUGCAGCGCAAGGAUGCCAUCGAGGCGUUCGAGAAGCGUAGAUCGGAAGAGUGGCCGUGGUUGGAUGGUUUCGGAUAUAAGGGUAAGAUCCCUGUUGGAAGGUCACCCAAGGCUGCUUCCAAGACCGAUUGGUAG